AUGGUCCUUAGUGUGGGCUCCGCACUUCGACGGAUAGAUGAACUUGUAAGCAGGACGCCUGCUUGUGUCGGUAUUUAUGCCGCGGACUGUCCGGAGUGGAUCAUUUCGGAACUAAGCUGCUGGUCAUACGGUCUGGUGGCGGUUCCGCUGUACGAUACUCUCGGGGAGGAGGCUAUUCACCAUAUAUGCAAACAAACCAACAUUUCCCUCAUCAUCUGUGAUACGCCUAUAAAGGCCAGGAAACUGAUAACCAAACGGCACAACCUGGAUUGUCUCAAAGGAAUCUUAAUAAUUCGACCGGAAGGACAGUUGUCAGAGCUGCAAGCGGAGGCUGGUGAUGGCCUGCAGAUUUGUGAUUUCUAUGAAUUCAUGCCCGCUGGCGUGGACGAACUUCUUCUAAUUUGCUACACAAGUGGAACUACUGGCAUGCCAAAAGGCGUUACUCUCACAAACCGUGCAAUUCUGGGAACACUCGCUGGUAUGAUACAACAAACACCAGAGCUUCUAGUGCUCUAUGCCGGUGGCAGGAUUGGAUACUCACUGGGCGGGUUGCCGACCCUUAUGCAGGACCUGGUCGCCUUACGCCCAACGCUGUUCGCCGGAGUUCCACGCUUGCUUGUCCGCAUUUACGAAGCAGUUCAUGCAAAGAUGAGCAGUCAUGGCUGGCAGAGAAUCGCUCUCGAAUGGGCAGUUGAUUCUCAGCUAACGCUUGCGGAUAAACAGAUUUACUACGAUGGAUCACUCUAUGACAAGCUGCUCUUUUCGAAGAUGCGUGAGAGUUUCGGUGGAAAUCUGAGAGCUGUAAUAACGGGCAGCGCUCCAAUUUCGCCCACUAUCCUACGCUUUACCAGAGCCCUAUUUAACUGUCCGGUACUCGAGGGUUAUGGCUCUACCGAGGCUUGUGGUGUCCUAACCCUUUCGGUGGCGGGCGAUUUAAACGGUGGUCAUGUUGGAACGCCAGUAUCCUCUGUCGCUCUGAAAUUAAUGGAUGUCCCCGAAAUGGAACUUGUCGCUGAAAGGGACAAUAAAGGCGAGAUAUGCUGGAAGAGCGUUGGUGGUACAUCAGGCUAUUUCAAGCGUCCCGAAAUGACAGCAGAACUGAUUGACCAGUAUGGAUGGAUGCAUACUGGUGACAUUGGAAUGUGGAUUAACGGCAGCCUUAAAAUAAUUGACCGAUGUAAGCAGAUCUUCAAACUGUCCCAGGGUGAGUACGUGGCUCCGGAGAAAGUAGAAUUGGUCUAUCAGGAAUCUCCGCUAAUUGCCAAUGUCUUUGUCGAUGGCAGUCCACUGAGCUCAUUUCCUGUGGCGAUUAUUGUGCCCGACAAACAGGGUGUUCUGAAGGCGCUGAACGGAAACGGAGAAGACAUCAAGAAUUGUUCCUUAAGGUCUCUCUGCGAAAGCUCGCUCGUGAAGACACUCAUCUUCAAGGACUGCAUUCACCUUGGUGAAAAGGCUAAGCUCAAGGGCUUUGAAAAGGUGAAGAACAUUUACCUAACUCCUCGGGCGUUUACCAUUGAAAAUGGUCUUCUUACUCCGACGCUCAAGGCUUCGCGGCAUGCAAUAAGGAAGUGCUACGCCAAGGAGCUGGAGCUUAUGCAAAAACAGCCUAUGUCCUGA